AGGCCUACGACUGCUGCACACGUUAUCUUCGGUGACACACGUAAUAUCGUGUGCUCCUUCAUAUCUCUCCAAGCAAGCUGUCACAACUCUAGUGCUAGAACUAAGGCGGCGUGUAGCGCACGAGUUCUGUUAUGGUGAGCGUUACGGAGGCAUAUUAUACGUUGAGCUGGAAAAAUGAGUAAAGUUCCACAAUUAUAUUACUGUGGUUUAUUUAUAUUUUUUUACUUUCAAAAUGGUUUCUUCGCCCAAAGUGACCGAGAUUUGGAGACCAAAGUCUCCCAUAUCCCACAGUGGCCCUGUUGCUGAAUGCUGAGCCUGCAGACCUAAAAUGCUUUGCCUCAGGGAAGUACGACCUAACCUGCUUUUGGGAGGGUAACGUCACUCCUGAAGAGUACACCUUUAAAUACACAUAUCAAAACGAGCAGAGUAUGGACUGUGCUGUGAGGGCCCAGCCAGUAGGUGGCGGAAAAACACGCUACUUCUGUAAGCUGUCCAAAGUUCUGCAUUUUUUUCCUCUGGAUCUCCACGUGUUUCGGGCCGGAGAGCAGAUCUUCAACCGAAGCAUACUCGUUGACCGCGUGUUUCUGCUGGAUCCUCCUGCCAAUCUGACAAUGACACGGACAGGGAAGCCAGGUCAGCUGAAGCUAACAUGGCUGCCCCCUCCUCUCAAGUAUAUGGACGACAGCAUGAUGUAUGAAGUCAACUACUUCGCCGCUGGCAGCCCGAUGGGCAAGCGGGAAUUGGUGAAGGCCCAGACAGAGACUACUCUGCGCGGCCUGCAACCAGGCACAAGGUACGAGGCACGGGUUCGAGUCAAAUUCGACGGCACCAUCUAUGACGGGUACUGGAGCGCCUGGACACCCACGGUCUCCAUGGAGACGCCUCACAGGGACACAGACCCACUCAUCCUGUCCCUGUGCCUGGUCAUCUCCUUCAUCCUCAUGGUGCUGUGUCUCUCUGUGCUCCUGUCCCGUCGCAGGUUUCUGUUGAAGAAAAUGUGGCCUCUUGUUCCGAGUCCUGAAAACAAGUUCCCAGAUCUCUUCACGGUCUACGGAGGUGACUUCCAGGCUUGGCUGGUCCACAGCACCGGUGGCUUGGGGUGGAGGUUUUACCUGGAGGAACUGUUUUACCUGGAGGAACACCCGGCCCCGCUGGAGGUGCUGUCAGAGGCCAGUAUUGGGUCGGCUGUCCCCGCCUGUGCCGCUCCCUCCAGGGCCUUGCGUACCACGGGCGCGGAAGGUGAAGAAGAGGAGGGAGGAGGCGGGAGAGUGGAUGCCGGGUUGCCGUACAGUUGGAAGGAGAAACCCCAGGAGCGGUGGCUGUUUGAGCAGCUGCGGCCCCUCCCCUGCCACCCUCUCCCUCCCUUCGGAUGCGCCCCGCUGGAGUCCAAGGACGCCUACGUGAUCCUGAACCAGGACUCCCAGCGUGACGUCCGGCAGGGUCCCCCGGACGACGUCUCGGAGGAAUCUGUGCCGCUGCAGGUCCUCUUCACCAGCCCCGGGACCCCCACAUCCCAGUCGGACCUGGGGUCUUUCAGAAACAGCUCUGGGACAAACAGCAGGCUGUCCUCUCAAUCCAGCUAUGAGGACUCCCACAACCCCUGGCAACCCAAGGUUCCCGGCUACGCUUACUUGACCAUAGCGGACUCGGGCAUCUACAUGGACUACAGCCCAAUGAGCUCGGGCAGGACAGUGGGGCCCGGGACGGGUGGCAUCUACGCCAACGAGUACGAGAAUGAAAUCCCCCCUCACGGGUUGCCUCACUCUGGGCGACCCAUUCACUCAGAGUGCUGAGGGUCCCGAGAUACGCAGGCUCGCAAAAGCGCAGCCAGUCAGUCGUCAGUCUUUACGUCGUUUAGAACUGUCACGCAGUGCUUCACUACUGGACUCAAAAACCAGGAAAAACCCCCACACAUCUGAGCCAAUGAGUGGGGAGACUGGAAAAGCCACACACAUCUGAGCCAAUGUGUGGGGAGACUGGAAAAGCCUCACACAUCUGAGCCAAUGUGUGGGGAGACUGGAAAAGCCCCACAGAUCUGAGCCAAUGGGUGGGGAGACUGGAAUAUGACCCCCUGACCUGGUGAGGUGUGUUCAAGCGUCCUCCUGGAAAAGGGUGAGAAACCAGCAAGAGCAGCACAUCCACAGACACUAAACAGAAGCAAAAACAGGCCAGCCUGUUUGAGGGAGUCCAGUCAAUUAAUGAAGCUCAGUUUGUACAGGAAGUCUUGAUGGACCGGUCAGCUAGACUUACGAGGUUAAGAGACUGUGAGGUUAUUUUCUCUACAAUUGUUUUCCUGUAAAGGUGUCUUGUCAUCAGACACAUCUUGUAGAAUUCCUGAUAAAGUACUAGCAGGCAAUGCAGGACUAUGUAUCCAGCAUCCUGGAUAAUGCACUUCAUAUCAAAACUGGCAGCUGUUGUUGAUAACAAAGGCAGGUAUAUAAAAAAUUUUUUUUGUAACUUGUACCUUUCUACCUAAAUAUGUACAUUGCAUCACUUUAUGUCCAUGUUAAUGUAUGUUCACAUAAUAAUGUUUGUUUUUGUUUUGUAGCAUUAGGGUUUAUUGACUUAGCUAAAAACAUCCACUCACUGUGGGGUGCCUGUGGGGAUGGUGUAUUGAUAAUAAAUAUGUACCUGCAAUGUACACUACUUUGUGACUCAGAUUGAAUAGCAAUUUUAGCUAUUUGCAUUCACCAGAAUUCGCCCAGAAUUCCGAUAUGACCCUUCUUCUGUUUUUCUUUUUUUUAGCUUUAACCUGUCCACCUCAAAUGGAUAUGUAUAGUGUAGUGUUUUCUUAUUUUAAACAGUAGGUUGAUCACGCUGACUCCAUCACAGAUUAGGGGAUAUUGCUAAAUUAUUAAGUGAGUCAAUGUAUUAUGAUCUUUGUAGUUAUGAGUGCCUUAAAAUAGCAUGCGCCAUAAAACCACUCCUGGUCUUCCACUGUUAUUCUUCUCGAAUAUUACACUGAUGUUCUUCCUUUAACUGAUUCAAAGAUUGGCACGUAGAGAGUUCAGAAGUCAAAUCAUUCAGGUAUGAAUAAUUUAUUACUGUGAUAAUCAUUUUACAUUACUGAGACUAUACUUAAUGUCUGUCAAUUGUAUCUUUUUGUGUAUUUUAAACUGUCGAUUAAAAGAUGCAAUAAAACACAAAUCAUUUGGG